UUAUAAUCUUCCAUGGUCUUAUCAUCCUCUUCUUCUUCCUCCUCCUUGUCACGAGGGUCAAGAAACUAGAAACCAUGUUCGUCUCCUCCGAAAAACCUCGUUCUCCGAUCGAUUUCUACAAAGACGACGACGACAACAACAACCCAUCAUCUCCAACCUCACGAGACAUAAACAUGAUGAUCGACGGAGAUCUCCAACCCCCUCCACAUCACCAACACCAACACCAAAUCCUCCUCGGAGACAACAGCAGCAGCGAGGACCACGAGAUCAACAACAAGGCCCCAAAGAAGCGAGCUGAGACGUGGGUACAAGACGAAACCCGAAUCCUGAUCGCGCUGCGGAGAGAAAUGGACGGCCUUUUCAACACCUCCAAGUCCAACAAGCAUCUCUGGGAAGAGAUUUCGAGCAAGAUGAGGGAGAAAGGGUUCGAUCGGUCUCCGGCUAUGUGUACGGACAAGUGGAGGAACUUGUUGAAAGAGUUCAAGAAGGCGGCUAAGGAUCAACAAGUGAGUGGGAAGAUGUCGCAUUACAAGGAGAUCGAAGAUUUGCUUAGAGAAAGGAGUAAGAAAGUGGCGACGUCUUAUAAGAGUGUUACUGCUCCGUCUAAAGUUGAUUCCUUUAUGCAGUUUACUGAUAAAGGUUUUGAAGAUACAGGCAUUUCCUUUGCAUCUGUUGAAGCUAAUGGUAGGCCAACGCUAAAUCUUGAAAGGCAGCUUGAUCAUGACGGGCAUCCUCUCGCCAUUGCUUCUGCUGAUGUCGACACAGCAAAUGGAGUUCCUCCCUGGAAUUGGAGGGAACCCGCUGGAAAUGGCAGUGAUGGUCAGCCGUUUGUGGGGAAGAUCAUAACGGUGAAGUAUGGAGACUAUACAAGAAGAGUUGGGAUCGAUGGUACAGCUGAAGCCAUUAAGGAAGCUAUCAGAUCUGCGUUUAGAUUCAGAACAAGACGAGCUUUUUGGCUAGAGGAUGAAGAACAGGUUGUACGUUCUCUUGACAGGGACAUGCCUCUAGGGAACUAUACACUCCAUGUCGAUGAAGGAAUAGCUGUUAGAGUGUGUCACUAUGAUGAGUCUGAUCCGUUACCAGUUCAUCAAGAGGAGAAGGUGUUUUACACGGAAGAGGAUUACAGAGAGUUCUUGGGUCGAAGAGGAUGGACGUGUUUGAGAGAGUUUGAUGGAGGGUUUAGGAACAUAGAGAGUAUGGUUCGGAAUGUAGAUAGUAUGGAUGAUCUUCAACCUGGUGUCUUGUACCGUGGAAUGAGAUGAGAAAAUAAGUACUGCAGAAAGCUAGAAGAUAGACUCCUUUUUUUUUGUAAAUAUGGUCAGAGACUGAUAGACUUUAAAAAAGCUGAAUCCAAGAUAUGUUGUUUGGUUGUUAAACAAAAUGGUCAUUGCAAGGGACAGAGACAAUGAGAAAGCUAGUUAGCUAUUGGACAAACAUAAACAACAAAGGUACGUGGUUUCUUACAUGGUUCAUCGAGACAAGGCAAGUAA